AUGGCAGGUGGAGGUGGAGCUCCAGCAGCGAAAGCAGAGGAACCACAACCACAUCCUCCAAAAGAUCAACUUCCCAACAUCUCUUACUGCAUCACUAGUCCUCCUCCUUGGCCUGAAGCGAUUCUUCUUGGUUUCCAACAUUAUCUUGUAAUGCUUGGGACUACAGUUCUCAUUCCUACUGCUCUUGUUCCCCAGAUGAGUGGUGGUUAUGAAGAGAAGGCAAAGAUGAUUCAGACCAUUCUCUUUGUUGCCGGCAUCAACACAUUGCUUCAAACAACUUUUGGGACUAGAUUGCCUGCUGUUAUUGGAGCUUCUUACACUUUUGUGCCAACCACAAUAUCCAUCAUCCUCUCUGGCAGAUUCAGUGAUACCUCAAACCCUAUAGAUCGGUUUGAGAGUAUUAUGCGAGCUACACAAGGCGCUUUGAUUGUUGCUUCAACCUUACAGAUGAUUCUUGGUUUCAGUGGUCUCUGGCGCAAUGUUGUUAGGUUCUUAAGUCCUAUCUCAGCUGUUCCACUGGUGGGUCUCGUUGGAUUUGGGCUCUAUGAGUUUGGUUUUCCAGGAGUUGCUAAGUGCAUAGAGAUUGGGCUGCCUGAGCUUCUUAUUCUAGUAUUUGUUUCACAGUACUUGCCUCAUGUGAUCAAAUCAGGGAAAAAUGUGUUUGACCGGUUUGCUGUGAUAUUCGCGGUGGUGAUUGUAUGGAUCUAUGCUCACCUUCUUACAGUUGGUGGAGCCUACAAUGGUGCUGCACCAACUACACAAACAAGCUGCCGAACUGAUCGUGCUGGCAUCAUAGGUGCUUCCCCAUGGAUAAGAAUUCCAUGGCCAUUCCAGUGGGGUGCACCUUCGUUUGAUGCUGGAGAGGCUUUUGCAAUGAUGAUGGCUUCUUUUGUUGCUCUAGUUGAGGUAUGUUAUGUGACUAUAUGCUUCACAUUUUAA